AUGAGUUGGUUGGCUCUUUAUCACGCGAUUCUGGACUGUCAUGCCAAGACAAUCACGUUAGCUAUGCCUGGCAUUCCGAGAUUAGAGUGGAAGGGUGCUCCAAGAUCUGCUCCUAAGAAGAUUAUAUGUUUCCUUCGGGCAAAAAAGUUGGUAGUUAAAGGGUGUUUGGCUUACUUGGCGCAUAUCCGGGAUACGCGUGCGGACAUUCCUUCCUUGGAGUCGGUACUUGUAGUUAGUGAGUUUGCGGAGGUCUUUCUCAUAGACUUACUUGGUAUGCCACCUGAUCGUGAUAUAGAUUUAUGCAUUGAUUUGGAGCCAGGCACUCGGCCUAUUUCUAUUCCACAGUACCAUAUGGCUUCGACAGAGUUGAGGGAGUUGAAGGAGCAGUUACAAGACUUGUUGAGUAAGGGAUUCAUCGACCUAGAAGAACAUGAGAAGCCUUUGAGGAUAGUACUUAGGUCAUUGAAGGAUAAGAAGUUGUAUGCCAAAUUUUUCAACUGUGAGUUCUGGCUCAAUUCUACGGCAUUUUUGGGGCUUGUAGUGUAUAAGGAUGGGGUUAUGGUGGAUCCCAAGAUUGAGCUAGUUAGAGAAUGGGCUAGGCCUACUUUGGUUAUUGAUUCAGAGCUUUAUAGGCUUAGCAAGUUCAUGAAGGGUAAAGACUUUAUUGUCUAUUAUGAUGCUUCUCGGAUUGGUUUGGGUUACGUGUUCAUGCAAAAGGGUAAGGUGAUUGUAUAUGCUUUGAGGCAGUUUAAGGUCCAUGAGAAGAACUACCCUACUCAUGACUUAGAUUUGGCGGCGAUAGUAUUUGCUUUGACGAUUUUGACACAUUACCUGUAUGGAGUCUACUGUGAGGUAUUCACGGAUCAUCAUAGUCUUGAGCAUGUGUUCAAUCAGCGGGAUCUGAAUUCGAGGCAGCGUAGGUGGAUGGAGUUGCUCAAGGAUUAUGAUAUCACCAUUCUUUUUCAUCCGAGAAAGGUAAAUGUGGUAGCUGAUGUAUCGAGCCGAAAGGGAGUGAGUAUAGGUAGCUUGUCGCAUCUGAUUGUUGGGGAGCAUCCCUUAGUUAUGGAGGUGCAAUCUUUGGCUAAUAGUAUAGUGAGACUUGAUAUUUCAGAACCUAGAUAUGUUCUAGCUUGUGUUGAGGCUAAUGAGGCUAUUCUUAAUGAUGAGGCUGUUCUGAGGAUUAAGGGACGCAUUUGCGUUCCUAGGGUUGGUGGUCUAAUUAAGUUGAUUUUGGAGAAGGCUUACAGUUCUAGAUACUUCAUUCAUCUUGUUGCUACAAAGAUGUAUCGCAAAUUGAGACAGCAUUAUUGGUGGGGUAGGAUGAAAAGGGAUAUAGUGGAUUUCAUUUCCCAGUGUUUGAAUUGCCAGCAGGUUAAUUGUGAGAACCAGAGAUCGGGUGGCAGAGCGACUCAGUUCACUUCCCAUUUUUGGAGGACUUUGCAGAAGGAAUUGGGGACUCAGUUGAAUCUUAGUACCGUUUUUCACCCACAUACAGAUGGUCAGUUCGAGAGGACUAUUCAAGUGUUAGAGGAUAUGUUUCGAACUUGUGUGAUUGACUUUAGUGGUCAUUGGGACCAGUUCCUACCUUUGGCAGAGCUUGCGUACAACAACAGUUACCACUCGAACAUUGACAUGGCUCCUUUCGAGGUUUUAUAUGGUAGGAGAUGUCAUUCUUCAAUUGGUUGGCUCGAUGCAUUUGAGGUUCUAUUAAAGGUUUUACCCAUGAAGCGUAUGAUAAGGUUCAGGAAAAAAGGCAAUUUAAGCCUGAGGAUCAUUAGCCCAUUUGAGAUUCUUCGACGUAUUGGUGAGGUGGCUUAUGAGUCGGCUUUGCCACCAGGCUUACCGGAUGUUCACCCGGUGUUCCAUGUUUCUAUGUUGAAGAUGUAUCAUUCUAAUGGGUCUUAUGUCAUCCAGUGGGGCUCAGUAUUGUUCGAUCAUAAUUUGUCCUUUAAGGAGGAGCCGGUAGCGAUAUUGGAUAGGCAAGUGAGAAAGUUGAGAUCAAAAGAGAUAGCUUCAGUGAAAGUACAAUGGAAGCAACGUCCAGUUGAGGAGGCUUAG